AUGAGUCAGAAUGUAGUCAGUGUUCACCCAGGUGGCCAUCAAACAACAACACAUCCCCAGCCUUGCCGCAAAGUGUGGCCAGCCGUUACAGCCUGGUGGUCCAAGCUUCGAGUCGUUGUCUGGUUCGAGGCCACGUUUCCCGGUUGGGAAUAUGGUGUAGUGUGGGCUAUAAUAGUCGGAAUGCUUGUUUUAUGUUGUAAUAUUGUGUUCAUUGCUAUAGCAUGGACAAAGCACCAGCCGAGAUUAAAUGGCUUAGGGAAACUACUUGAAGGACCCUGCGAUAAAAUAGACUGGGGGAGCAAGCUUGCGCAUGGAGUUAUCAAUGUCCUAAGCACUUUACUUGCAUCACCUACACGACAUGACAUAGAUAUAGCGCAUAAGAAACGGCAGUGGGUUGAUAUCGGGAUAUCAAGUUGGCGCAACAUAUGGCAACGACAUAUCGGCAUUGAUAGGAUCAUCUGCUGGGCUUUACUUGCUAUCAGUUCUGCACCGCUCCAUCUCGUCUGGAACUCUGUUAUCAUAUUUUCACCAAUCGCAUACCAAUAUAACCAACUCACCGUAUCUGAAGGAUUUGUUCGUGGGCUACCUUUCGACAAGGAUCAAAAAGUGGUCAUGCAGUUUGCAGAGGAGGGUGCUGGCUCACAGUGGCCGGACAACGUUCAGUUCCUCCAAGACGAUAUUCACACGUAUGAGAAUCUUUCUGUAACUGACUGUAAGAAGGCAUACGCGCAGCACUAUAUCCGUGGUAGAGCUGAUGUUGUCGUCGUUGUGGAACCAACAGUACCCGAAAUCAACUCAUCUACGGUCUUCGGUGGUGCGUUUGGGGGCAUGGGCGCUUUUCCAUAUGAAUGGCUAUGCCCACCUGAGUCUCGUCAGAAUCUCGAGUGUUACCGACAACUCUUCCAAUCAAAUACAACAUGGAUCUUUCCGGACUACGGAAACCCCAAAGUAGCAUAUUGCCUCAGCAGAAAGAUUCCAGAGCGCUGUACCCUUGAGUAUGCAUCCAUGGCCGCUAUUGUUACGAUAGGAGCAAACUUCUUUAAAGUAGUCUGCUUCAUGGUGACUUAUUGGCUGCUCAAACGCAACAAUAGCAACAAUGCUCAGACAGGGAAUAGAAACAAACAUACGCCAUUAAUUACAACUGGAGACGCAUUAGCAUCAUUUCUAGAAGACCCGGAUCCAGAGACGUUUGGUAUGAGCAUUGUCGAAAAGGCAGAUUUUCAACACGGUAUCUGGGACCUUCGGUGGGUUCAUAUCAACCCCAUACCUUGGCGGGAGCGGUUUUCCUGUGCCCAGUUCCGGGCUAUAGGCCUGCGGCGAUGGCUCACCGGCAUAACAAUAUUGUCUCUUAUCCCUCUUGCACCGGCCCUAUUCCUCUUUAUUAAAUUGCGCUGGCUCCGAGAUGAGCUCAAACUGAACACUGGUGCUAUUAAGCAGUUAGGAAUUGGCAACCCAAGUGGGUUAUUUCUCUUUGGGGAGUGGAGCAACUGGGACCCCGCCCGCGUCGUCCCGCAGACGAGAUGGGGCGUUAUGCGAAAUGUUAUACAAGCCAACACCCCACAACUCGCUCUCUCAAUGGCCUACUAUUUAUGGAACAGUCAUAUGACUGUCAUGAUAGCAGCUUACGAAUACGAUAUGUAUGCAGCAACUACCAAGGGCGCAGACGGGAUCCCAUUACCAACGGAUCGACGCAGUCUCUAUGUCACCAAUCCUCAGGUUGGAACGGACCAAAAGGCCACGCCAUUUCUGGUGGUACCUUUCAAGUAUUGGAUAGCAAAUUCCGUUCUUUGGAGUGUAUUACACUGGCUUGCGUCGCAGGCUGUCUUCUUCGUACGCGUCGACAUGCUCAAUCAUUGGAAGCAGGUCAGUCUUUUCUCCGUCAGCCAAGUGGGAUAUUCAAUCAUGGGUUUCUUGUGCUCCUUUGCGGUCUCAUUCAUUGUCUUCGGGUUUGCUAUGUGGAUUGGAGCGAAGAAAUUUCGGAAUCGAAUGCCACUCGCGGCCACAUGUAGUGGGGCAUUGAGCGCCGCCUGCCACCCUAAGGAUCCGUCUUUGAAGCAUUACGAAAAGAAAGUCCAUUGGGGGAUAGAAACUGAGGAAGUCCAGUAUGAAGAAGAGACUGAUUCCGGAGAGCGAAGAUUAUUGCGGUGCACUUUCACAAGCCUGGAUGCGUGUUACCCAUACUCAGAUCGGCUCUACGCUUGA